AUGCUUAGUGAAAAUAUAGAACAAAAUUUGGUUCUAACACUUAAUAAUUAUGUUGAUCAGCAAGUUCGAAAAGGAAUAUCAAAGAAACGAACUAAUACUAAAGUCGAAGAGAUUUAUUACAUUGGCAGAGAUGAUAUCUUUGGUUCAAAAGAUUCCAAGGAUUCAGAAAAAAAAGAUCUUAUUUAUAAUAAUUGUUAUUUAAAGCAAAUAUAUGAAGAUGUCCACAUUGCCAUCCGCAGUUACGAGUCGAGUGACGAAUUUUCUCCUAAACAUUUUGUUGCGAUAUUAAGUAUGGCUUUUGCUCCAUUUGUAGAAAGUAACUAUCUGCCAAAUAGAGAAUAUAAAUUUAAGUUUAAAUUAAACAAUUCAAGCACCGAAGUGGUAUAUAACUUUAAAGAUAAUUCAACUAAAAAAAAAUCAGACAAAGAGAUGGAAAAUCAAUAUGGUAUCGAUAUGAGAAAACAACCGAGCGCUCUUAAAAUUAUUCUUUGUGCUGCAGGCUUAACGCCAAUAUUUUAUUUAAACAGGAAUAUCUGA